AUGACAGAUCUCCCUCCACCUAAUUACUCAGACCUGGAGCUGCCCUCCUACAACACCCUGAUCAACACUCCCGCGCCCGCCAACGUCGCUAUUGCUGCCCCCACUAACAAAUCCAUCCUCGGCCCUGCAACGCUCUACAUCUCAGGCCGCUUCAUCUACUCAACCGACCCGCAGGAGCCGCCGCUCUACGAGUUCUCGCACUCCAUCGGCUAUCUCCACGACAAUGACCGCAGCGUGAAAGUCGAGCGCGUCGGCACCGUCGUCAAGAACUCGGGCGAGGUCGCCCCUAAGAACCGCCAUCUCUUCGACCUCAAACAUCCUACCGCCGCCGAGUUCCCUACGUUCCCCUACCACGCCGAAGUCGCAUCGCGCCGCGCCCUGUGCUCCUUUGGAGUUUCGCAAUUCCGCUCCGGCAACCCGCUACGGCACACAAAAGGGUACCGCUUCGACCGCGCCGUGAAGGGAGCUGAUCGCAAGUUGGAGCCCCAGGAUGUACUGUUCGAAGCUUAUUCCUCGCGGAGUAAAGGCGUAUUUUACGAGUGGCGGGAUUGCCAGGGCGAGAUAAUAGCGAGAGAGGUCGAGGACGAGAAUGUGAGUAUGAGUCUGGUCAUCACGGCCGAGAUGAGUGUCGAACUGCGCGACGCCCUCGUUGCGGCGUGGAUACUCAGGAUAUGGUGGGACUUGUCGAAGGGGAAUACCCACGCCAUGCGUUUAAUGACGGUGCACAAAUGCGGCACGCGGCCAGCGGCUGGUAGGGUCGGUAGGACUUUCUACGUUGGGUAA